CAAGAAGAAGAAGAAGAAGAAGAAGAAGAAGAAGAAGAAGACUGUUGUCUUUUCAAUGGAAACUGAAAGCAGUCUCGGGGCUCUUGACAAGGCAACUCUGACCGAGUCACUGAUUUGAGCCAGAAGCAGAGCUGUGAGGAACAGCAGGUGUUGACCCAUACAGAGGCAGGACGAGGACUGGUUCACCUGUGCAGAGAAGGAUCAGAGAAAAAGAAGAAGGACAGGGAGAGGGCUGCAGAUGGCAGGCUUUCUGGAUAGCUUCCGCUGGCCAGAGUGUGAAUGCAUCGACUGGGGGGAGAGGAGGAACGCAGUGGCUUCUAUUGUCUCUGGAGUUCUGUUCUUCACAGGCUGGUGGAUCAUGAUUGACGCAGCAGUGAUGUAUCCAUCUCAGGAGCAGAUGAACCAUGCAUUCCACACAUGUGGCGUGUUCUCCACCAUAGCAUUCUUCAUGAUAAAUGCAGUUUCUAAUGGCCAGGUGAGGGGAGACACAUAUGGAGAGGGCUGCCUUGGCAGGACAGGAGCUCGUCUCUGGCUGUUUAUCGGCUUCAUGAUGAUGUUUGGCUCGCUCAUCGCCUCCAUCUGGAUCCUGUUCGGUGGCUACGUGGUGCCAAAGAAAGAAGUGGCACCUGGGCUGGCUGUGUUCUUUCAGAACGCCUUCAUCUUUUUUAGCACUCUGAUCUACAAGUUCGGCCGGACUGAAGAUUUAUGGGGUUAGAGGGUCUGUCUUAUUACUAACUCUCUCUCUCUCUCUCUCCAACACACACACAUCAGGCAUAUAGUGUGUUGUAGAUAUUUUUAAUAGUUCUGCAUCCCUUUUCAUGUGUUUCCUGAUGUGAAAAUAGUUUUUCUGUCCUUCCUUGGAUCCAUUUGCAUACUUGUGGAUUCAUUUUUUUUUAUGUUUGCAUUAUAAAUGAGGGAAUUCCUUUGUUUGUUAUCGAGGACUAAGAAGCCAGGUUCAUGUCAUUGUUAUUGUAUCUCCGAUGCAUCUUAAGUGUCAUGUGUCACCUCAUGUCAGCAUGUGUUCAGUGUGUUGAGGGUUACAGUGUUAGUUCACUGUAGUGAAUCAGAAAGGGAAGAAGUACAUUCUGAAGUGGACGUGAGGCUUAACACACAGACACAGGGGGAACAAAGCCCUGUCUCUACUUAUUUUUAUUAUAAUGUAUUUCAGAUGAUAUGAGUUUUUUUUUUUUCUUCAUGGGUCUGAUUCAUAUUGGGGUCAGUUUCCCGUUGACAGAUUAGUCUCUGUUGUUCUGCCUCAGGAGGAAGUGUGUUUUUUUACAUUGUCUGUUUUGUCCUCUUGUACUUUGUCCUUGUUUAGCUCUUUUUUCUACCAGAACAUGUCGUGUAAAGUGAAAUGCAAGUAUUCUGAUGGUUUUUGGUAGCAUUUUCAGUGUUUUAAGUAUAGAACAAAUCUUGUAAAGUCAGACUGCUCUAGGAACAGUAUUAAAGCACUUGUAAUUGACUAAUUUACACUCAUUGCUACAAUAUCACAUAUAGACAUGUGCAUCAGACAAUUUUUUAACGUAAUAAGAUGGGCUUUUACUGUAAAGCUUGUAAGGUGGAGUAAAAAUCUGGGAAUUUUUGGUUAUUUCCCAUCUUCCCUUCAACUUUUUUAUCAUUUGUGUAUCUUGUCAAGAGCUUAAAAUGUGAAAAAUAAAGACAUUUUUUAAUUGGAGAAUGCUGUAGAUAGUCAUCCAUCAAGCUGUCGAAAAGCCAAAGUAGCUAGACCGUACUCAAGCGCUGACACACAGAUUUAAAAACAGACAGUCUUAUGGGCAGAGGCAUGUCAUUCCACCGUUUAUGAGCUGCCACAGCGAAGGCACGACCCCCUUAGAGCUUAUGAUUAGUUUUGGGCACACUCCGGAGCAGUUGAUCAGCUGACCUGAGUCCUAAUCGAAGUCUGUGAAGGGAAGAGAUCGGGAUGGAUGGAUGGGUCAAACAAACAUGACUUUUACCCAGGAGACUGCUGUUCAUGUCCUGUACAAAACCAAAAGGGAAUUUUGACUUAUUUUAACUUAUGUAGGUUAAUAAAAUUACGUAACAUACUUUAAUUUACAUAGAGCAUGCGAGCGAAGUGGAGAGGUGAGAGCCCACAGAGCUGUUUGUUCCCUCUGCUAAAUAUCGCUUCAACUCAGAUUUCAUCCCCCUCUACUCGAUUUGCUUACCGCUCACUCCAGAAAAAAGAAAAAAAAGCGGUGUUGUAUUUAUGAGAUGAACGGCGCCCCCCCCCCCCUUCCUCCAUGCCCAGUGCUCUGCCAGCACAAAUUCCGCUGGAUAACACUGGCAGCAUGGAGAGGUAGGGAUAGGAGAAAAAGAAAAAAUCUUUCUUUAAACCAAUCACAAUCGUCAAAGCUCUGGACGCAGCGACAGUGGCUCUGCAGAAUAG